AUGGGAAACAAACACAGCAGCAACAGUGGUCAUGACAACCACAAGGACACCAACCCCAACGCCAUCAACUCGUCCGAAAACCUCGACCCCUUCGCACAACAACAACAACCCCCACCCCCGCCCCCACUACAAGGUCAAAACCGCAACCAAGGUCAAGGCCAACAACAAACACCCUUCUCCAGCGGCGGCAACUACCCUCCUCAACCAAAAAGCGACCGCGCCCCAUUUUUCGAAUCCCUCUCAAUCCCUCCUUCCGACGACUCAGUUUCUUCGGCAUCCGCCCUCGCCGCGAAAUUCAUCAUCCCACACGAAAAGGGUCCUGACCGCUGGUCAUCCAACUACAUCCGCGACUCGGUCGUCUUUACCCCCGACGGCGCCCAAAUCUCCAUCGGUACUCUAUCUUCCGUCAAACCGUUCUCGGGUGGAGAGCUCAUCUCAAGGGAAACGGGGCUUGGAUACGGGGUUUACUCUUGUGAUAUGAUCUCGACCAACAUCAAAGGGCAUGUCACGGCCUUCUUCCUUAUCGCCAACGGGAUCAACGAGAUCGAUAUCGAAUUGACAGGACGAGUCUCGACCGUCUGUUGGGUCAACGUUUGGAAAGGGAAGGACCAGCACCCGGUCAAGAUUGAUUUGGGGUUUGACGCGGCCCAGGAUUGGCAUACGUAUGCGAUUGAAUGGAGACGCGAUUUUAUUGCGUGGCAUGUGGAUGGAAGAAAGGUUUAUGAGCGCUCAGAUGUCGAAGUUGCUGACCCGGCAACGACAGAGUUCAAGUUGGCGAUGAACUCUUGGACGCAUAAUAAUGAAGACCAGUGGGCGGGCAAGUUUGAGAUGCCGACGGAUGGACGGAAGCCCGUCAGUUGCUUCCGUAACAUGUCCUAUACUCCUUAG